AUGAAAGCAUACCCUAAAGUUAGAGAUAAAAAGUGGGCAAAAGAUCUGUACAGUGACAAAACCAAAUGGGCUGAGGCUUUCAUGGUUGAACAGUUUUAUGCAGAUAAUCAGAACAAGUGUAAGUGUCCAUGGGAGAAGAAGCAUGGGAAGAUAGUGUGCACUUGUCAGUUUGAGAACAAGUGUCACUUCAAAAUUUUAUUAAGGCAGAUAAGAAUGGAGGAUACAUUGCAGGUGAGGAACUUAAACUUACACCACACAUGUGGGUUUCAUCAUGAGAGUUCUAAGGUCACUUCAGAGUUUUUAGCAGAUAGGGCAAGGGUCAAGUUAAUUCUGUAUGGAGAUUCUGCUGAGGAGUAUGCACGAGUGUUUGAUUAUGGGUUUGCUGUGCUGAAAUACAACCUAGGAUCUUCAGUAGUUGUUGUCAUUGAAGGGGUUGAAAGGCCUCCACCUAUAUUUCAAAAGAUUUAUAUCUGUUUUGAAGCUUGUAAAGUAGGAUUCAAAAGGGGGUGCAGGCCCAUUAUUGGAUUAGAUGGGUGUCAUUGGAAAGGUGCUUUCCCUGGCAUGAUACUUGUUGCUGUGAGUAAAGAUGACAACAACAAUAUCUACCCUGUUGCUUGGGCUGUGGUGGAGGAUAUUGAGAAGACAAAGGGGAAAGGGUUGACCUUGAUGUCAGACAGGAAAAAGGGACUUUUGGAAGCCUUUGUUGUUGUGACUCCAAAUGCUGAAAUCAGGUUUUGUGUAAGGCACAUUUGGGCUAAUUUCAAGCUUAAAUUUGGUGGUGAGGCUUUCAAAGAGCAUUUUUGGAAGUCAGCAAGGUCAACAACAAGGGCUGAUUUUGAGCUGAACAUGGCAAAGAUAAAUGAAUUGUCUCCAGAUGCAUUCAAAUACUUGGAUGCAAUUCCUCCUAAUCACUGGUUGGCUAGAAACUGUGAAGUGAUUCCUUUAAGGCUGGACAUUUGGGAGGUGGACUACUACAAUGAUAGAUAUGUAGUCAAUUUGGGACAGAUAACAUGUACUUGCUUUAGAUGGGAGCUCACUGGGAUACCAUGCGCUCAUGCUUGGGCUUGUAUCAUUAAGAAGAGACUCAGGCCAGAAGACUUUGUUGAUUCUGUCUAUAGCAAGGACAAAUACCUGGAGGCAUACACACUAACUAUUAAUCCAAUGUCUGGCAUGAAACAAUGGGAAAAGAGGCCUGACAUGAUGCAGCCAAAACCACCUAUCAUGAGAAAAAUGCCUGGCAGACCUUCCCACAAGAAAAGAAAGCAAGAACUUGGUGAAAGGGAAGAGGCUGUAAAACAGCAAAAACAAAAGAAAAAUCCAAAGUGCUCAAACUGUGGAGUGGUAGGGCAUUACAAGAACAAGUGUAAGAACCUAGCACCACCCAAAGAGGUGGACAAAGGAGGCAGACCACCAUCAAUGAACCCUUGGAAUGUUCUACAAAGGCAAAAGAACUGGGAUAGAGCUGUUAAGAAGGGGAAGAUUGACCAAGCAACUGGGACACCCACAUCACAGUCUACUCUUUCUUAG